CCCGGCGACCUUCUUCUUUAUACAGCUUCAUGGACGAGUCACCUCGCUGGCUUAUAGUGAACGGCCAACACGACAGUGCCCUCCGUGUCCUACAGAAGGCCGCCCGCUGGAACAAUGCUACCAUCCCGCUUGAAGAGGACCUCCGUGACCUUAUGAGGAAUAUUCAGGAUGAGUCAUCCACGCCGCUAAGAGAACUAGGGACACCACUCAAGAAAGUUGGCCGAAAGAAGUUAUGCGGAUUCCUUCCUGUGCCGAGCCUCUUGAGUACGCGUGCCAUCACCAUCGUCACUCUGGUGAUGUGCUUCGACUACUUCGUGGUCUCGCUGGUGUUCGACGGACUCAACCUCUCUGGCGACAACUACAGUGCAGACCCCUUCCUCUACAUCGUGCUCGGGGGCCUGAUGGAGGUGCCAGGUUACUCCCUCACCGCCCUCAUCAUCAACCGCUGGGGCAGGAGGACCCCCACCGCCCUCAGCUACAUUCUCUGUGGCCUGGUCAUCCUAGUUUUGACUUUUAUACCUAAUGAGGUAUCGUGGUUGGCGAUGACGCUGGCCAUGGCGGGUAAAAUGAGUAUCAGCGGCGCCUUCCAGAUCAUCUCCAUAUAUUCCUCCGAGCUCUUCCCUACAAAGGUCCGCCUUCAAGGCAUCGGCGCCUCCAGUGAGUUCUCCCAACUGGCCUCUACCGUCCUGCCUUACAUCACCACCUACCUGGGAACGUUUAUCCCGUGGGUGCCUUCAGUGAUCUUCGGGUGUUUGUCGAUGAUGGCGGGACUGGCAACACUGGCACUGCACGAGACGAUGGGCAUAGCACUCCCUGACACCAUCAGUGACCUCUCCAGCACUGUCAAACGCACCCUCAAAAAUAAAACGGAUGAUGAUGAAGAUUUAGAAAAGGAGAAUCUGCGACAGUAGACAUGGAACUGUGAAUCAAGGCGCAGUAUUCUGGUGGAGAUGAUGGCUACAGUACUUGUUCUUGUCACGAAAGUUUCAGUAUCUUACUAGCAAUAGGCUAUAGGGGUCCAGGACGAGUGGAACAAGUUACCAAAUAUCAUCAUUAACUCGAAUACGCUGGAUAGCUUCAAACAUAGGUUGGAUGGAUAUAUGAGCAAUAGGGGUUAGGUGUAAAUGGGACUGCCC